AUGGCAUUCCGAACGGGAUGUGAUGCGAUCUGGUGUCGCGCGUUCUCCUUAUCCUUAGAAGGCGAGGCCUUGGAGUGGUUCAACUCCCUCCCCAACAACUCAAUCGAAAAUUUCGAGAGCAUAGAACGAGAGAAGGAGGAAUCCUUGAAAGUUUUCAUUGAUAGGUAUCAGAAGACUAUACGACAAGUUGAGGGACUGACGUUGGAGUUGGCGCUACAAUAUGUCCUGCCGGCUUUGAGACCCGGACCUUUUAAGGACAGUAUUUGCAGACGGCCCCCAAAGACUAUGGAGGAACUCCGAGAGAGGGUCGCUGAUGAGAUAAGGGUAGAAAAUAUGAAACAAGGAGAUAAGAAGGCAGCCUCGGAGGCUAAAAUGGAGAAAGACGGUCGACGGCCAGAAAACCAAACGGGACGACACAAAAUUGGGGGACCGAGAGAGGCAAUCCGGCUUCCCCAAUUCCAACAAUACACACCGCUUAAUGCCACUAGGGAGAAAAUCCUCCAAGAAGCGCUAACCACUGAACUGAUCCCGAUACCCAAACGCCGCCCCACACCGCCCGGGGCGGACACCAACAAGCAUUGUUUGUACCACAAAAACAUGGGCCACUCGACGGAGGAGUGCAUCACCCUAAGGGACAAAAUAGAAGAGUUGAUCCGAGCGGGGCACUUAAAGAAGUAUGUUAAGAGCGAGAGAGCCCAAACCGCUAGACACAGAGAAAGGAGCCCUCACGGAAGCCUCACUCAAGAACAAUCCGGUUAUGACGACCGAUACUAUCGGGCACCACGCCGACCUGAAAGACACCAUCGGCCAAGUCCAAUGAGGAGAGACCGUAGUCACAGCCGAAGCCGUAGGCCGAAUGAUGACCGACCGGUGCGAGGGAUCAUCAACACAGUUUCUGAAGGCUUCUCGGGGGGUGGGUCCACUUCAUCGGCUAGGAAGCGCCAUCUUCGUACUCUCCGAUCGGUCAACAAUGUACAGAAGCGCCAAUCCAUGCCCCCAAUCACGUUCACUGAUGACGAUUUCCAUGCACCUGACCCAGAUCAAGACGACCCGAUGGUCAUCACAGCAGAGAUAGCUAGAUACGAAAUUAGUAAAGUCUUAAUAGACCAAGGAAGCUCAGUUAACAUACUAUACUGGAAAACCUUCCAACAGAUGGACAUAUCGGAGGAUCUGAUAGUACCCUUUCAUGAACAGAUUGUCGGCUUCGCGGGUUUGAGAGUGGAUACCCGUGGAUAUAUAGACCUAUGGACAUACCUGGGUACCGGGCGUAGUGGCGACGAGAGAACGGGCGAUCGUCCCCACCCCCAUUUAACUUUAAAAUACCCAUCAGAGGCAGGAAGAGUGAUCGCCGUAAAAGCCGACCAGAAGAUAGUCAGGGCAUGUUAUGCAGCGGGAUUAAAGCUUUACCCGCGUGAGGGAGGCAGCCGACCUAACCGGUCGGAGGUCGCCCUAGCAGAUCUUGACCCGAGAACCAAUAUUGAAGACCGCAUCGAACCCAUGGGGGAGCUCUACGAGAUCCCCAUCGGUCUGAAAAGUGAACAGAUCACACACAUGGCGCGGGGCUUUCAAGGCGCCUUUGAAAAGGAACUAAGAGCAACCUUGUGGAAGAACCGUGACCUAUUUGCAUGGACAGCAUCCGACAUGUCGAGAAUUCACCCUUCCGUGAUGACCCAUAAGUUAGCAAUUUUCAAGGAAGCAAAACCAGUUGCCCAGAAGAGGAGGAGAAGGGGGGCCAAGAAGGGACGGGCAGCCCAGGAGGAGGUAGCGAAAUUUAUGGAAGUCGGGUUCAUUAGAGAAGUCAAGUACACCACCUGGUUGGCGAACGUAGUAAUGGUAAAAGAGGCAACCGGAAAGUGGCGCAUGUGCACAAAUUACACGGAUCUGAACAAAGCAUGCCCGAAAGACUCUCAUCCCCUACCCAGCAUUGACGGACUCGUAGAUGGGGCGUCCAGUCAUACCAUCCUGAGCUUCCUCGAUGCCUACUCAGGGUACAACUAA